AUGAGCGGCAGCACUUCUUCGUCCAACGUGGUGGGCGUCCACUAUCGCGUCGGCAAGAAGAUCGGCGAGGGUAGCUUUGGCGUCAUUUUCGAGGGCACCAACCUGCUCAACCAGCAGCAGGUUGCCAUCAAGUUCGAGCCGCGCAAGAGCGACGCCCCCCAAUUGCGCGAUGAGUACCGCACGUACAAGAUCCUCGUGGGCUGCCCCGGGAUCCCUAAUGUUUAUUACUUUGGCCAAGAAGGCCUGCACAACAUCCUGGUGAUCGACUUGCUCGGUCCCAGUCUCGAGGACUUGUUCGAUCAUUGCAACAGGAAGUUUUCUAUCAAGACAGUUGUCAUGGUAGCAAAGCAGAUGUUGUCGAGAGUUCAAACAAUCCACGAGAAGAACUUGAUCUACAGGGACAUCAAGCCCGAUAACUUCCUCAUCGGCCGCCCCGGCUCUAAGAGCGCCAACGUUAUCCACGUUGUCGACUUCGGCAUGGCCAAGCAGUACCGUGACCCCAAAUCAAAGCAGCACAUUCCCUACAGGGAACGCAAGUCGCUUUCUGGUACCGCUCGUUACAUGAGUAUCAACACCCAUUUGGGACGCGAGCAAUCGCGUCGAGACGAUCUCGAGGCCCUCGGUCACGUUUUCAUGUACUUCCUGCGCGGGGGGCUGCCAUGGCAAGGUCUCAAGGCGGCGACUAAUAAGCAAAAGUACGAGAAGAUCGGAGAGAAAAAGCAGACGACCCCCAUCAAGGAUCUCUGCGACAGCUUCCCUGAGGAGUUCAACAAAUACCUGAGCUACGUCCGCAACCUCGGGUUCGAGGACACCCCUGACUACGACUACCUGCGCGAGCUCUUCACGCAGGCACUCAAGAGCACCGGCGAGAUCGAAGACGGCGAGUACGACUGGAUGAAGCUGAACAACGGCAAGGGCUGGGAGGUCAUGAAGUCGCACCCAACUGCGGCGGUCCAGCAGAUGCACAGCCAGAAUGCUCAUCACAACUCGUCCACUGCCGUCAAUGUUCACGGCCAGCCUCACAGGCAGAACAAGACCCACCUGCCGAUCGAUCAUCACCGUUUAAACGAGCCUCUUCCCAAGCCCGGAGCGACUCGAGCCCAGCCAGGAAGAAGCCCAAGAGACGCCGCACAGAGGGAGUCCCAGAUUAAGAGGAAGAGCAUGGGAGAACUAGCUGCACCCGAGGGAGCUUCUACCCAGGCCCAGUUUCAGCACAGCCAGUCGAACCUGGCUUCGGCCAACCGUGCAGCACCGGCGACGAGCCCGCAAGCGCAGCAGCCCAGGCAACAACAACCUGAGAAGCCCAGCGCAAUGCAGAAGCUGAUGAAUGUUCUCUGCUGCGGCGCCGGAAAAUAG